UUACAUAGGAGGAUCAUGAACGAUCUAGGAAGUGCAGUAGCAUUGCUAGAGAGAAGCAAGUUCAAUUUGUCUCUAGCAUUGAACGAUGCCGCUCGACGUGAAUGUCUAGAGUCCAUAAAAUUGUUGAAUGGCCUACUAAAGGCCAAAAUUGGAGACCCAUUGAUUGUGAAGCCAAUUGCCCUUAACGCCAUGUCAUUGUACGAGUCAAUUAAGUCAUCUACCACGACUUUCGAAGACAAGCUCAUGUGGUUAGGAUCCAAGAUUCAUGGACAAUUUUUCCCGCCCAUGAUUGAAUUUGAUGGUGUGACCUCAUUUGAUAUCGUCCCAGAGUUAGACGCAACCCGUCCUUUGCUCUCGUUGCCAGACACAAUUUCAGCAACCUUUAUGAAAACUUCCGGAACCAAUGAAAGAGGAGUUAUCAACGAUCUUGAGAAUAUCUACCAAGAUUUAUUGACCAAUUGCUCCUUUGUUUGUGCAAUUCUUAGUAUCAUUCAUAUCAAUCCGGACUUGGUGUACUCCUUACUCUCACAUGUCUACAAGGACACCUAUAAAGUCAAAUUGUAUCUCAAUGGAUGCUUUAGAUUGGUCACCUUGGACAACAAACUCCCCUUGGUUGACAAUGGUAGGAACUUGGUGAUGCGGUCACUGACCAACCCUGCCAUUGUUUGGCCGGCGCUCUUGGAAAAGGCAUAUCUUAUGGUCAUGGGCCAGGGAUACAAUUUCCAAGGCUCCAACAUGGCAGUCGACACCUUUAUGCUUUUGGGCUGGAUCCCAGAAGUUGUCCAUGUUCUGAAUGGCCAUUUAUACGAUGGGACUGAGGCAGAUGACACCCUUGCCCAAUUGUUUCGAAAUAAAAAAGUUCUGCUUGGAUUGGGGGUUGGACAACUUAGUGAUAAAUUGGCAGCUCAGAUAGGUCUUAUCCCAGGACAUGACUAUGCGGUUGUAGAUAUGCGUCUAGACGAGACUACCGGAGUGCGUGAGAUUCUUAUUAGAAACCCAUGGCUGGCUCAUACCGAUGGUACCCAGUCCAUUCGUUGGGUCAACGAAACUGAACUCUAUCAUUUCAGUUUCUUGUAUAUCAAUUGGCUUCCUCAUUUCAAGCACUCAACUAAGGUCAAUUUUAUAGCACAACUGAAUAGUCCAGGGUUAUCAUUAUGGUCUGCGUUAUAUAACAACCCGCAGUACACUCUCACUGUCCCACCCCAUGAGGGGAAAGUUUGGCUUUUACUCGAGAGACAUCUCCUUUCCACUGUCGACGAUCCCUCAACUACUAGGGGAGAAAUUGUCAUUGGUAUAACGAUAUAUGAUACCAAAAUAGGUGAACGGGUGUUCAGUGAUAAUCAAUGCCAUUACAUUUGUAAGCUGAGAACAGGGACUAAUAAUCGUACAGAACUUGUUAAAUUAGAAUUACCACCAGGAAAAGAGUUCCCCCAUGCAAAAUCGUAUACAGUGGUCAUUAAUAGUUCAGAAAAUGCCAAUUUCACCCUUACUGCCUACAGUGACACUAAGGUACAGUUGCAUCGGGCAAAACCCAAAUAUCCACAUAUUAUUCUGGUCCCAGUCGACUCUUGGGAUACCCGGACCAGUGGUGGGAACUAUGCGCUCCCCACGUACAUAUACAACCCCCAGUAUACACUCAGGGUGACCAAACAGCUGAUAAACUUGUACGUUGGACUUGUAGGGGAAUUGGCCGAUCAAUACUACAAUGUACACAUUUUUUCAAGUGAUUCUACAGACGCAGAAAAGCCAUUACGAUCUAUAUCUUUACAAAAAUUGGUGAAGGAAGAGAAUUAUCAUAUAGGAAGUGUUGUUUAUCACGUACCGGAUCUUAAACCAGGAACAUAUCGGAUGGUAUGUUCGACGUACACCGCGCUUCCCAACCAUAAACCCACCCAGUUCUGUUUGAGAUUGAACCAUGAUAGUACCAAUAAAGAUGAUGUUACUCUCACCAAGUGUUAUAACGCUCUUGGACUUUUCGUCUUGAAGGAAACUUUUUCUUGGGAACAACGGAAUCGACUAAAAAUUUGUUUCCGAACGACAUCAAGACAAUGUAAAGUAACGUUCCAUAUCAAAUAUUCUACGGAUCUUGGACAAUCAACGGAUGAUUCUACUCAUUAUAGACCUAAAAUGAGAGCCUCGAUCUUCAAUCGGACGACAGAACAACCAGUACAAGUGAAUGAAAAAUGGAAUGACUCGCUAUAUGGAGUGUUUGUGGAUUGUAUAUUACCAGACGUGCAAGAGUAUAUUUUAUUGGUAGAACGGUUUGAACUGGGUUCAGGAUUAGCCAUUAUAGAAAUAGGAUCAAGUCGUAUGAUCGAACUAAGAAAAUAGAGUAAAUAUAUAUAUCAGCAACUUAAAUACUACUAUAUUUCCUGCGGUGCUUGUAAGCCGCUCUGCUGGCACUCCGGGAGCCACUAGCCGUGGGGGCCCGGUUCCUCUACCGAGGAAUUCUCUGAUUACUAGUGGUACUCCUCGUAGAGGAGCAAGGCACCACGCAGUGACUCUCCCCGAGUAGG